ACGGACUGAAACUGAAGGCGAGCGGCAAUGUCCAGUGCGCGCUGCAAGGGGGACCGCGGUCGUGGAUUUUGCGCCUCUACAUCAUUCAUAUUUAGAAUAGAAUAGAUAAUAACCGCGGCGAAAUUGAAAUAACUGUUGCUCUUGCGCGGUUUUACAUUUAUAAUAAUAAUAACAGUAAUUAUUGUUACAAGGAAACUAACAAAAUAUUUAAGUAAAACGUGGUGUGUACUGAAGGCUGUCUCUCUCCCGCCUGGAAUCUCUUUCUCGCCCGAUACGAGUGCGAGUACGAGUGUAAGAUUUAACGCGACUUGUAGAAACAAAAAAAUUUAUAUAUAUAUAUGUAUGUAUAUAUAAUAUGAGACAAGCCGUGGUGUGGUUUUGCUGAAGCGAACUAGACGACGCAGAAAGCGCCAAGUGUGAUGUGUGAUAGUUUUUGAGUUGUGUGGAGCUCAACUCAGUGCCGUGGUGCUCAAGAACCGCGGGAGUUGAAAAGAGUAAACUAAACACAUAACAACCGAGGAGAGGAGAGGGAGAGAGUGAAAAGUGAGUGGUAGAGUAGUUUUGUAGACGUGUCAGAGAGUGAGCGAGAGGUUGAUAGCCAAGUGACAGAGACCCGACGACGUUGCUCGUGGGGGUUGCAAAGGGGUGUGGAGGUGGAGAUAAAUAAUCGUAGAUAUUUAUUGUUAAUCCACAGUUUGUUGUUUAUGUAAAAAGUACAUAUGUAAAAAAUAUCUUUGGCGUCCAGUCAGCUCGCCGGUGACGGCGUCUAGUGUUUAGUCGAGUUAGCGUCUCCUCCCGCGUGUGAUGUUUUAUUCUACACUCAACCUACCUCGUAUGUCUAUUUAUCUCUCAGUACUGUUACUGUACAUACGAUCCUCAUAUAGGAGUACAGUACAAUCAAGAAGUUAAGUGAAUAAAUAUAUAAAGUAUAUAUAUAACAAUAAUAAUAAUAAUAAUAAUAAGAAUAAUAGUGUAGUGUAGUGUUGAUAAUAAUAGCAUGUAAAUGUAAUAUUGGUAUUGGAGUUGGUAUUGGAGUUUAAGUUGCUAUUGCUGGUGAGUGCUGGGUGCUAGAGCCAGAGCCAGAGCCACCAUGAGUUGUCAGGCCGUCUAGCGUAGUAGUAACACGAAGAGCGAGAGAGACGGCUCUGAGGGGAGUGCGACAGUCGAGGGAGAGACGGAGCGAGGCUCUAAAGCAGCAGCAGCAGCAGCAGCUCAAAGGCGGUAUAAAAAUGGCGUCCGAUAACGAAGCCUCCUGCGUGAGUGACCCAAAUUUUGCUGUGAUCUGUUCAUUUCUUGAUUGUUUUGGUAAAUCAUGUGGCAUAGAGUACCCGGAUAUUGCGACACUGCAAAAAAUGCUCGAGGACACCCAUGAAGUGCCGCAACAAUUAGUGGAUCUGCAUAUAAAAUUGUUACGAAAAACUAGAAAAAGUGUUACGACUGAAAAGUGGGAACGAGCAUUAGUUAAAUUUUGUCACACGUACUCCAAUCAGGAUGGCUGGGAACUCGAGAGAUUUGGAUACAAAAAAGCUCGAGUCAGUGUUAAAUUACGCUUACUCAAGGUGCUUUUAGAAACUCAAUUUGACUUGAAUCAAAAAUUUAAAAAUGAAGUUAAUAAACAAAUGGCAAAUGAACUUCGACUUGAACCAUUGGGACGCGACAAAACGGGUCUAGCUUAUUGGUUCCAGUUGGACGAAGACUGUAAUAUAAGAGUAUAUCGUGAAGAUCUUGAUGAAGAGAGUUGGGAAUUAGUUGCAAAUGACCGUGAAGGUGUAGUGAAGCUAAUCAAUACCUUAUCAGACGGUCAAGUCGGAUCUUUAGCAAUAAAUGACGACAGCAAUAGUCUAGAGAUCUCUGAAAAGCCGAUAAUUGACACAGGUCAAGUAGCAACGUCUUCACCGAGCGUUGAUGAAGAGCCGGCGUUGCAAGAGAAUGGUAGUGGGAAGGAUUCAAAGAGCCAAGACGCUGCUGUCAAAAAUCACAGCAGCCAGGAGACCAAAAUUAAUAAACCGGUCCCGGUAGUGGAGACAUCAGUAAAGAAAUCCAGUGACCCGGUUGUCAAUAAUGGCGUUGAUGGUGACAAUGACGACAGUGAGGGCGAUGAAGAUGAUGAUGAGGACGAAGAAGACGAGGAGGGUGACGAAGAAGAAGGAGAGGACGAAGAGGAAGAUGAAGAGGUUGAGGAUGAGGAGGAGGAACUGAGUAAUGAUGAAUCAACACAAAAUACUGAAGAAGAAGGAUCUCAAGAUGCCGUUCCUCCGGUAAAUUCAAAGCCCGCUUCAAAUCAAUUAAAGUUAACGAUCAACGAUAAUAAUGUUAAUGCCAAACGCAAAGCAAAUCAAACCGUUGCUCCGACUGUUUAUGAAAAAGAAAUACCUAAACUGUCGGUUAUAAAAACCAACGCUAUUGAAAUAACGCCGCUUAAGUCGAUAGAGACCCCAGUAAUUACGUCACCAUUGAAAUUAAUAAAUACACAAGAGCCUAAACAUUUUACAACUGAUUUAACAGCUUCUGUUACGAUAUCAGCCAUCAAACCGGCUCAUUUAGACGAUUCAAAGGCCAGCUCUGCAGCAAAUCCUAUUAAAGUACAUGAAAAGAUACCAGCUAAAAGUUCUCUUCCUUAUCACAGUGGUCUAGAAGUAACAUUGAAUCAUGGAAAUGUUGGUAAAUUUCCUUUGAAACCGAUAGAUCAAUUGGCUGCUAAUUUAGUGAGAAUGCAGUCGGAAAAAUUGGAGAAACCAAGUGCGUCAAAAUUGUUGGAAAAAAUUGCUGAAAAUUUAGCACGGUCUAGUAGCUCACAAGCGACAACAGUCAUGUCCAACAAUGAGGAUGAUAAAAAUAAAUUCCCGUCAGAUUUUAGCUCACGAUUAAAUCGAGCCGAAGUCGACAAGCUGAAUAUUGUCGGUUCAUCAUUGAGAUCCUCACGUGCUGGUAUAGAUUUAUCAACAUCGCGUGAUUGGGACAAUUCAAUAGAUCAUCAACAGAGUAGACCAAUGGAUUUUUCAGGCAUUGAUUUGUCUAGUCGUAAACAAUCUAAGCCAAUUGUUGAUCCUCUACCAUCACCUGGUUAUCGUGCUCCCCAAGAUUUUCAUCAGUAUCGUGAAAUGGAUUUAAGUACACGUAAAGUUAUGAAACCAGAAUUACCAAAUCUGCCUUAUGACUCACGAACAGCGAUGCUGAGAAAUCAUUCAAUGAUAACUGAUUUAAGUAAACGGCAAAUGCCAUUUGUUAACUAUGAUUUGCCACCAAGUGUUGCUUAUCAUAGCGUAGCUGCUGUUGCAGCUGCGUCUGGUAGGUUGGCUAGCAAGGAUGAGCACAGAUUACCCAGCUAUACUAUUCUACCAGAUCCAAGUAAACUCGCGUCAAUGCGCAGCGGUGCUGUAAAACGUGCAUUAGAAAUUGAUGAAACUCAACAGGACAUGUUGAAGAGAUUACGCGCUGACUUGUCAAUUGGAGCAAUGCGCGGUGUUCCUAUCGACAAAAAAUUACCCCCGUCAUUGAGUAUGGGGUUACGUCGCGAGGAUAUUGUCGGACCAGCUAUUGAAGAGCCUUUGAUGAUGGUCCAGGGUGAAGGUUCGGGUAGUGAUUGUGACGCUGGUAAUCCUGAGAUCGGUGACGCCAUUGAAGAACCGGUUGUAUUUUUUUACGGUGAAGGUUCUGGGCGUGAUUGUGAGACCGGUAAUCCUGGGGAUGAAACUUCAACGAACAAUAACAAUAAAGACAACGGCAAUGAAUCAAAAAGUGGUGAGGGAUGUAGUGAAGUGUCUGCUAGUAUUUCACAAUCAAAAAUUCAGCAACAAAGUGAAUUAAAUUGUCCAGAAACUAGCAGUAGUGCUAGUGGUAGUUGUAGUAAUUCUGUACAAUUAAAUAAUGACUGUGAAACAGAAUCUGAUAUUACGAGUAAUUGUCAAUCUAUUGACGCUGCUGAGACUUCGGAGUCAAAUAAAACUAAAUUUAAGCCUACAUUAGGGGUUCAGGUGAUCGUUAAAUCUCCUGGAUGUUCGACGAAACGGGCCAGCAGGUGGGAUGUCGGUAGACCUGACGACAAACUUGAAUGUGACAGUAGCAUAUCCAACGAAGAAAACAUAUCAAUGGAGGAGUCUUGUCCUGUUAAUGAUGCUGGUUGUCAAAGUACUAAUGACAUUGCGCUCUCUUGCGAAAUGUCAACGACGGAAUCUAAACUAGACACUGAGGCCAUCAGCAGUACUACCAAUCAAAGUAACUCUGAAAGUAUAACUUGCAUUUCAACGAUCGACUCGUCGGUAACUUUGGGUAACUCUUCGAGUGUAAUUGAUGAUACGCAAGAGACUAAAGUUGAUGAGUCGAAAUGUGAGUCUGCGCAAGUAGUUGAGUCAACAGAGGAAAAAAAUAAACCCGAUCCAAUGGACAUUGAUACGUCCAAGUGUCUAUUAGAAGAUGAACCGCCGAGAUUUUUUUUUGGUCCAAAUUGUGUCUCAUAUACGGCUUCAAAUUCAAAUAAACGUGACCAAGAUGCCACGUCGUCGUCUGUUUCUGUCUGUACGGUUAAAAUUGACCAGCAAAGAACUGAUGACAACAAUGAUGAUGAUAAUACAUGUGCAUUGGACAAUAAUAAUAUCAAAAGUAUUGAUUUACCUCAAGUUGUCACUGCAGAACCAACAAUCCAACCGGAUGUCAGCAGCAGCGGAGAUAUGAUAGCUUCGGAAAAAGUUUCAGAAGCUAAAAGUCCAAAGUCGAUUGAUAAUAAUGCUGAUGAUGACUCGCCAUUGGCGGGAUUCAGUGACAAUGAUAUUGAAGACACAUUAAAAUCUAUAAAUGACUAUCUUGAUGAAGAUAGCCAGGAUGAUAAACAACCAGAUGACAAUUUGUGUAAUGAAAUCUCCCAAGUGAUGCCUGAAUCCUCAAGUACUUCGGUUAAUUUUCCCGAGGACGAACGAGGUACCAAAGAAAUAACUGAUGACAUGACACCUGAUUCUGAAGACAAAGAUGAUAAUGGUAAUCAAGGUCAGAAUAUUUCAACGGCUGGUGCAGAAGAGGAAAUGGAAACUCAGACAAUAAAUAAACCGGAAUCAUCAACGGAUUUAGCUGAAGUUUGUUCUACAUCAGUUGGAGAUAAAGAUAAACUACAGGAUGAUUUUGAAGAAAAAGAUAAAGAGGUAGAGGUAGAGGUAGAAAAAGAGAAAGAGAAAGAGAAGGAGAAUGAAGAAGAGGGAAAACAAGAGGAAGUAGACUCAAGUGUUACUGGCAUUGAGACUAAAAUAGAGUCGAUGGAUGUGAGUAUGGAAGAAAAUUCAAGAUCUGAAGUGAUAGAUGAUAUUGCUGAAGAAAAAGACAGUAAUGUUGAUUCAAAUACUGAUGAACAAAUGAAUGCUGAUGCUGACGAUAAAGUAGAGUCGAGUACUGAUGAAAAAAUGGAUUUCAAUGUUGAGGUAAAAGUGGACGCUGCGGAAUUCGAUGACGAUAAAGUUGAAUCCUCGGUGAAUAAUCUUUGUCUACCGGUUGAAGAACCGGUUGAAGACAAAGAGGAUUCAAGUACUGAAAGAAGUAAUGAUGCUUUAGCAUUCGAAGUUGAAAAAGUAGAAGCUCAAGCAUCGUGUAGUAAUGCUGAAGCAUUAGAGUUAAAUAAAUCCGAGACCAAAGAAAAUAUUACUUCUGAUAAAUUAGCAUCUGAUGUUGAGUCCACGAUUCCUGAAUCAUUGGAAAAAGUAUCUAUUCAAGAUGAAUCUCCAUCGGCAGCAAUAUCUGCCACAGUUGAGUCAAGUAUUCCUGAAUCAUCUGAAAGUAUGUCAGUAGAAAAUGAAGAACCAGCAGCACAAGCAGCAGCAGAAGUUGUUGAGUCAACAAUUCCAGAGUCAUCUGGUGUAUCAGCUGAAAAUGAAGAACCGGCAGUUGAAUCAUCUAUUCCAGAGUCUGAGUCUUCUAUUCCAGAAUCUUCAGGUUUGUCAACUCAAUAUGAAGAACAAUCAGCUGUUGGAUCAACGAUUUCAAGUGACAGAGACUUGGAAAAUAUUAGAGACAUUGAAAAAACAAAUGACUCUAAUGAUCCAUUCAAUUAUAAUUUAUCAGAGGAUCAAAGUAUGUCAGUAGAUCAAGACUCAAAUGAGUCAAUGAUUAUCGAUGACAGAACAUCUGAAUCAGUGGACUCAAUUAAAAAUAAUGAAACAGAAUCAACUGAUAAAAUUAAUGAUCCAGAAGCUGUUGUAGAUUCUAGUGAAAUAACUCAAGCAGCUUCUACAUCAGAGUCUCCAGUAGUUGAUACUGUUGACUUUGUUUCUGAAAAGUCUGUAGCUGCUGAAGCGCUGGAACCAGCAGCCGAAUCAUCUAAAGCUCAAGACGAAGAUGUUCUGAAGGAAUUUAAAGAUGAAAGUAAAGAUUGCGAAGCCGUUGAUUCUACGACUGGUAAAGAUGCCAGUGAAUUUAGUGAACACGUGGAUCUUAAUCUUGCUGCUGAGGAAGACUCGUCCAAAUCUGUUUUAGUGAGCCAGACAUCGCUGGUUGCUAAUUAUGGGAGUGAUGACUCCAAUGAUGUCGGCAGUGAUGAUGUUUUUAAUGAAAGUAAAGUAGAGACAACUGCUGGUCAAGAUAAAGAAGCUGAAUCAGUAGGGAGUGAAGCUGCUCAAAUUGAAGCUGAACCUGAACUUGAACCUGAACCUGAACCUGAACCUGAACCUGAAGAAUUAGAAUCAAAAGCAUCAGUAGAGGAAUCAGAAUUAGAAUCAAAAAUAUUUGUACCUGUUGAUGAUGAACCUAAAGAUGUUUUACCUGAAACGACAGCUGAUAUGGAGACUGAUAGGCCUAAAAAUUCAGAAGAAACUGAAGUUGAAGAUGAACAUAUUGAAGACCAGGUGGAGAAAGUGGAAAAAGAAGAUGAAAGUGUUCAAGAGACUGAUUCUGCUGAAACUAUGAAAGAAUCUGCAGCUACAGAAGUCAUUGAACCUGUAGAUGAUCCAGUAGUUCUAGAUAAUCAAGUAGUUGAAGCUGUAAAAAAUUUAGCAGUUACUGAUGAUAAACCAAUGGAAGCUGAAGAAGAUCCAGCAGUUACGGAAAUUAAAUCUGUUGAACCUGUUGAAGAUUCGGUGAGACCAGAAGUCGAGCCAGUGGAAUCUGUUGAUGAAAGUUUAGACCAAGAUAAAUCAUCUGAAUCUGUAGAAGAUUCAGUGGUGCAAGAAGUUGAACCGAUUGAAUCUUUAGACAAAGGAGUUGGUCCUAUUCAGUCAACAGAUUCAACAGUUUUGGAUAUUAAACCGAUUGAAUCUGUUGAAGAUUCAAAAGCCCAACCAGUGGAAUCGGUAGGAGACUUAGGUCUACAAGAUGUCAAAGCACUUGAAUCUGUAGAAGAAUCAACAGAUGCAGAAAUUAAACCUCUGGAAGACGAUUUAACUGGUCAAGAAGCUGAGUUGAUUGAAUCUACUAAAGGGACAGAAAUUUCAGAAAUUAAAUCUAUUGAAUCUGUAGAAAAUUUAACUGCUCAAGAAAUCAAAUCCACUGAACCACUAGAAGAUUCAGCAGCACCAGAAAUUAAAUCAAUUGAACCAACGGAAGAUUCAGCAGCUACAGAGAUUAAAUCUAUUGAACCAACGGAAGAUUCAGCAGCUUCAGAAAUUAAAUCAAUUAAACCAACGGAAGAUUCAGCAGCUUCAUACAUUAAAUCGAUUGAACCAGUAGAAGAUUUAGCAGCUUCUGAAAUUAAAUCAAUUGAACCUGUAGAAGAUCCAGCAGCUUCAGAAAUUAAAUCAAUUGAACCUAUAGAAGAUUUAACAGCUUCUGAAAUUAAAUCAAUUGAACCUGUAGAAGAUCCAGCAGCUUCAGAAAUUAAAUCAAUCGAACCAGUAGAAGAUUCAGCAGCUGCAGAAAUAAAAUCAAUUGAACCAGUAGAAGAUUUAGCAGCUUCAGAAAUUAAACCAAUUGAACCAAUAGAAGAAGAUUUGACUAUUGAACCAGUAAAAUUAAAUGAAACUGUUGAAUCUUCAUCAUCACUUGAAAAUAUUAAAUUGAAUGAAGCUGUUGAAGAAAAUUUGACAGUGCAAGAGAUUAAACAAAAUGUAGCCACUGAAAAAGAUUUAACAGUUCAAGAGCCUAAAGUACUUGAAGCUGAAAAUUCUACAGCAGUUCAAGAAUCAGAAUCAAUUGAGCCUAACAAAUGUAAUUUAAUACAAGAAAUAAAAUCCACUGAAGUCGAAAAAAAUUUAUCAGCUACAGAAAUAAAAUCAAUAGAAGCAGAAAAAGAUUUAUCUUCCGAAAUAAAAUCCAUUGAUGUUUCUCAAGAUUCAAGUGUCGUAAAAAAUAAAUCAUUAGAUUCUGAAAAUUUAGUGGAUGAAGAAAUCAAAGCCCUUGAAAUUAUUGAGAAAGAUUCAACCGUUACCGAAAUUAAACCAAUUGAAGUCGAACAGGGUCCAAUAGUUACCGAAUCAAUAGUUCAAGGAGUUGAAAAUGAUCUCGAAACUAAAGAGAGUACCAGCAAAGAAAUUACACCAGACGUGAAAGCUAAAGCGAUCGAUUCGCCAGCCUUCCUUUUAACGUCAAAAGAAAAAUCAUUAGAGGUCGAGCCCGAGCUGUCUACUAUGCUCCAGAUAAAUGAGUUUAAAGAUCAAAACAAACACAAUACAGAUAUACCAGUUGAGAUUCCUGACAAUAAAGUUAAUGAAGAAUACAAAACAAUUGAAAUAAAUGAAACUAAAAUUACUCAAGACGUUUAUAAAAUUUCUAAGGAACAGCCAGUUUGCAGUAACGAUCUCUCAAGAUUUAAUUCAAAGAAAGAUUACUAUUUAGCAGAUCAGAAAAAGGCUAGAGAACAAGACCAAGACCAAGAUGAAGAUGAAGACGAAGAUGAUGACGAUAAUGGAAAUGAAAAUCAAGAUGAAGAUGAGGACGAAGAAGAUGAGGAUGAAAAUGAAGAUGAUCAAGAGCCAAUUGUCCAAGUUUGCAAGAGACCUAGAACAGAAAAAAUUGAAGAAUUUAAAGAGGCUGCUUUAUCAAAGUCAUCAACAAUAACUCCAGCAGCAACAACAACUGAAAAUUUAAUUUAUGAAAAUAAAAUAUCGAGUGAUAUCCAGCAUAACAGUGAAUAUAUCCAGCCGUUAAUUGUAGCAGCGCCAGUAGCAGCUGUAGCAAAUGCUGACAAUGACUACAAUACAACAGUGCAAGCUGACAACAAAUCUUUCACCAUCCUAGACAACGCGUCUUCUGAUACAUAUGCAAAAGACACCAACACUCUGAAUAAAAAUUUACCUAGUGUUGAUCUUAAUCAAAAGCAGGAUCCACCAGAGUGUAAAUCAAAUUUAGUAGUCAGUAAUGUCAAUGCGGAAUUAACUCCAGAUAUUGUUAUUACCGGGUCGGAGUUUAAAUCUGAUGUUAAAAAAGAGGCAAGCAAAAGAAUCCACAUUCCCAUGGACCUCGAAGAUCUUCCUCCGGUCAAAUUGAAACCCGGCACGGAUUUUAUGAAAGAAGAGCCACGGGCGUUUGCUAAUGACAUCAAAGCUAUUGCUGAUGAAAAGACAGAGAUUUGCAAUACGUCGAUAUCAACAGACAAUACCUUGGCUCCGGUUCUUGAGCCCGAGAGCAAGGAAGUGGAAAUAAUUAAGUAUGAAGAUAUUAAACAGGGUCGUAAUAAUAUCAUUGAAAAGUCGGGUAAUGAAGAGGAAGUGACGGUAACGAGCAUUGAAAAUGUCAAACUGAUGGAUUUUUCUGCGAGUGAUGUCAAAUUAGAUUACGAUGACUCGGACGAUUCCAUGGGAAUUGACAAUGAGUGUGCGUUUGAACCAACGGAAGAAGACCCGCUGGCUACCACCGAAGACGACGUGGCUAAACAAAUUGAACUGGACGAUUUGAAAUUAAAUGUAAGGGUUGAGUCUGUCAAUGAAGUCAAGUAUGAGGGAUGGAAACUCGAUUCUACUGAGACAUUUACGACGAUGACGCCGUUGACCAAAGUGUCGAGAAAAAGACGCAAUAGUGCGCAUGAAUCAAAUUCUGAUGACGGUACUGGUCGUCAGGACAAUGAAGACGAAGAGGGGAUGGGUGGAAAACGUAUUAAGUUGAGAGGGAAGCGGACACCUGAUGUUGCGCUGAGAAAAUCUGUUGAAAACAGUAGGGUAGAAGCGGCAAGUUCUGAAGAGGAAGACGAAGCUGAAGAUGACGUGAAAGCUGAACCCGCUACGGAAGUUGAGAAGGCUGAUGUUAAAGCUGCCGUAGGUGGUGAUGCUGCUAAACCCCGUGUCAAAGCUAAAGCCCGUAAGCGACGGGGAUUUAGAUCCAAACGUCGGGCCUCGAGGCACAAAAAACCGGAACUUGCUCCAACAACUACUGAAACCCCAGCGGCUGGUGAAGACAAAACGCCGAUGGAAGAUAACACAGAAUCGACUCCAAGUGCUCGGAAAAAACGCAAGAAAAGAAAAAUGGUACUGGGACUUGAGAUUGGUAUUGAUAUUAAACCAGAAAUUCAGGCAAAUGAUGCUGGUGAAACACCGGUAAGACAAUCUCGUAGAAUUGCCCAGUUGAAGAUCAAAGAGGAAGCUGAUAGACGUAGAAUUGAGGAAGAGGCGUUGGGUGAAUUGAAAGGGAAAAAAGAUGCGUCUGAUAAGAAAAAACGUAAAAAACAAAAACCAGAGAGUGAAGAUGAAGUGGUGGUCAAGGAGGUUGAGAAGGAAACGAAGAAAAAGAAAAAGAGAAAGAAGAAAAAGAAGGAAGCUAAAUUUAAUGAAGCGAAACCUUGGCAAAGUUCUUCGGGGUCAAGUAGCGAAGAUGAAAAUAAUCAUGAUGAAGAUGAGGACGAUAUUGAAGAUGAUAUUGAGAGUGAAGGGUCCCUGCUCUUUAAAAGUGAUCAUGAAUUUUCACCCGAGAGUGAUUUGGAGAAAGACCAGGAGCCUGAACCAAUGCGACGAGCAAGAACUGCAAGAAAACCUGAAAGUAAUGUCGAGGAAGCGGAUGAUGAGUACGCGUGUCAGAAAUGCGGGAAAGCUGAUCAUCCUGAGUGGAUUUUAUUGUGCGAUACCUGCGACAAAGGAUGGCAUUGCUCGUGUUUAAGACCCGCGUUGAUGCUGAUACCCGAAGGCGACUGGUUCUGUCCUCCUUGUCAGCACAAAUUGCUUGUCAAUAAAUUACGCGACAGUUUGAAAAAUUACGACCAGUUGGCAAAACGCCACGAGAAUGAACUGCUGAGAAAGAAGAGACUGGCUUACGUGGGCAUCAGUUUGGACAACGUACUGCAAAAAGACGGCCACCGCAGUCAGAAAUUGCGGCAAUCACGUGACGAUGACGACGACGAUGACUCUGAUGAUGAGGACGAUGACAACGACAAUGAUAGGGAUCAUCGUCGCGGCUCAUCAUCUUCGUCUUCAUCUUCUUCCGGAUCUGGUAGCUCCGGUAGCUCCGACUCCAGUAGCGAAGAAAGCGAACCUGUCUACCAGUUACGUGAACGUCGCUGUGCUAAUACUAGUUAUAAAUUUAAUGAAUACGACGACAUGAUCAACGCUGCUAUCCAAGAUGAAGUUGAAGCAGUCCAGGGUGCUGGUAAUCAAGGCCGUGGCAAAGAUAUUUCAACAAUCGUCAAUGCCGAGAAGGAGGACGCGAGUGAAGAAGCAUUCAACAAGAAAGACGAUGACGAUGAUGAUGAUGACGACGAUGAUAAACAAUCUGAUAAAGACAGCGACAAAGAUUACACUGUUGACAAGGAUGAAGACAUCGACGAAGAUGCUGAAGAACGACGUAAAGUUGCUGCCAGAAAAAUGCUCGCCAAGAAGAAACACCGUAAGCUAAACAGUCUGGAUAUCAGUAGCGAAGAUGACCCAGAGAGUGACGAAGACUUUAAGGGCAGCGACAGCGACGAAGAAGAAGACUAUGAAGAUCAAAUGGAUUCUUCUGAUGACAGCUCAUUCACUGCCUCACGUCGACGCGGCGGUAAGAAAAAUCAUCGCCCGGUACGAAGAUCCACCAGGGCAGCGCGUAAAACUCGUUAUGACGAAGAUUUUAUCAAUGACGACAGUGAUGACUCCGGUCGUCCGAAACGUAAAAAAUCUAAAUCCACGUGGGAUGACGAGUCUGAGAGCGAGGAAAGUGACAAUUCCUGGCGUAGUAGAAAGAAGAAGAGCAAAUCUUCGUCGUUUGCUAAAUUAAAAACUUUGUCAAGAAGUAAAGCGAAGAAAAAGAAGAAGAGGAAACGUAUUAUUGAGCCGGAAAAUAAGAGCGAUGAUGAUAAUGAUAAUGACAAUGAAAAUGAUAACGAUAAUGAUAAUGACAAUGACAAUGGUAACGAGAAUGAGACCAAUAAUGAUAACAAUGAAAAUGAAACUGAAAUGGUUGUCGCUAAUGAAGCAGUCAAUGAAAAUGCAGUUGAAAACAAACCGGACCAACCAGCUGAAGAAGAGGAAGAAGAAGAAGACGAGGAAGAGGAGGAGGAAGAAGAAGAAGAAGAGGAGGAAGAAGAUGAAAAAGAACAAGCAGAUGAAGAAAUGGAACAAGACGAGCCUGUUCAACCUGUCCCUAUUGCUGAACCUAUUGUUGAACAAACUCUGCCGGUACAACCACCCGUUGCUAUUCCUGUUGCUACUGAGCCGACACCUGUUCCUAUCGCUCCUGUAGCUGCGGCUCCUGUUUAUGAUGACAGCAAGGAGAUGGCUGUUGAUGAACCUAAAGAAGAAAAUCAUCAUGUGCCGCAGCACCAGGUACCUGAAGCAGCAAAACCUGAAUUUACCGCCGAAUUUCCUGAUCAAGUACAACAGCAACAACAACAAAUCCAAAUCCAACAACAACAACAACAACAACAACAACAACAACAACAACAACAACAGCCAGCACUGACUGAGCAAGAAAUGGACAAGAAAGAGAAGAAAAGGCAGAAGAAAAGCGGGAUUAGAAGGAAAAUUAUUUACGGCGGUUUACCUGACGAUAGACCUCAGCAAGAAGAAGAGGAACCGCUUGGCAGACGCACUAGGGGACGGAAAAUAAACUAUCAAGUUGACAUCAUUAUGUCUGACAGCGAAGAGGAGUUGAAAAAGGCGCUGAGGAAAACUGAAGAGAGUGAAGACGAAUUUUUAGUACACGACAAUGACGAUUUGCGUGACAAUGACGACAAAGACUCGGAUUCAGGUGACAUUUAUUCGCCAAAGAAAGAUGGGCCUAAAGGAAAGAAUAAAUCUCCCAAGAAUCGUAGAUCUAAAAAGAGUCCAGCUUCAAGAAAGGGACUGAUUGAUAACGGAGAGCCUAAGCAGAGGAAGAAACCAGGACCUAAACCAGGCAGUAAAAAUAAACCUCGACCGUCAUUGCCUGGAAUGAUGUCUUCAUUAGAAGGUGGUGUGAUGGGAGACGUUCCCGAAGGUUCGUUAACCGGGUUGGGAUCUGCCGACCUGGCGGAUCUCGACGAGGAGCAGCUCGAGCAGAUGAUGAUGGAGGACGAGGAGUACGGAAGACGUCAGCUCGAGCUCGCGGCCAUUGAGAUUGCGAAGAACAAGAAAAAAGAAGAGCGGGAAGCUAAAAAACUUGAGAAAGCGCGGCUCAAAGCACUGGAGAUCCUUGCUGCUGAACAACAGCGAGAUCCCAAUACACUGGAGGGUCCUGAUGGCGAAGCUCCGAAGAAAAAGAAACGAGGGCGUCGUAGUAAAGCUGAGAUACUUGCUGAGCAGAUGCGACGUGACAGCAUGGGAGCUGCUGCUGGUGGCUUACCACCAAUGGAUCCAAAUAUACCGAUAACUGUUAAUCCAGCACUGGGGCAAGCUUUGCCUCCGGAUGUGAUGAUGCCCGAGAUGGAGCGACCAGUCGAGAGUCAUUUACCGCUCAUAACUGGACCUGAUGGACAGCUGUUCAAUCCUGAUGGAUCACUGGUGAAGCCUAAGAGACGCGGUCGGGGUAAAGGUAAAAAGACCCUAGCGAUGGAGGCCGCGCGAGCUGCUGAGGCUGCCGCAAAGGCUGCCGAAGCUGCUGGGCUUAGUUUGAGCGGUGAUUCUGAAUUAAAAGAUGAUAUUCCUAAUGUUCUUCCUACACCAGGCAGCAGCACAUCAGGCUCAGCGCCCUCAACACCACCAGCAAGUGCUGUUUCAUCUCAAGGUCUACCAGUAACGCAAUCAAAUCCAUCAUCAGUCUAUUCCCAAUUGCCACCAAGUCAACAGUCUUCCGUGAUCACGCGAAUGCUUCAAUCCCAGCCAGUAUCUAAUUCACCACAAUCAUUCACUGCAGCUGCUGCUGCUAUGGGACAAAAGUACUUUGGAGUACCAAAUACAACUGGUCCAAUGAUGCCUAAUCCACGUUCCAGUUAUGACAUGUCACCACGUGGUAGGAUACCGUCGCCUUACAGUACUAGGCAACCAGGACAACCGGUAAUGCCACCGCAUUUCGCAGCUGUGAGAUCGGGAAACCCUCCGCCGAUUAUGAGAAUGCGAGUACCUGGACCGGCUCAACUUUACCACACACCCCAUCAUCCAAUGGAUCCGUCACCGUCUGGAGGCGGGCCUAUUUCAAUCAGCAGUCGUGAUCGCGCAUCACCACUGGGACCUGGUCCAGCAAUGAUUUCAGCUUCCGGUAGUCCACUUGGUAAAGGCGGUCCUACACCUCCACCUUAUGUACGAAGUGGCCCACCACUGUCCCGAUUCCCCGACACGGGGCCUCAGCUAGGUCCGAGACAUCAGUUACCACCAUUUACAAGUGCCUCGGCAGUGAAUCACAGUCUGCAACAGCCAUCACCGCCACCGAAUCGACCACCAGGUAAUUUUUCACCGUAUCAUCCUCAGCCACCGCCCAACUAUCACUACGGAGCUUAUCCACCGCCAGCUCCUAUGACCACUGCCGACGACGCAGCAGCUUAUCAAGGAUCUCCCUACUCAGCCGAGCAUUUUUCAACAUCUACUGAAAAUCCACCGCCACCACCGCCGACAAUUCAAGCGCCGCCUGCGCCUCAGUCUUCACAACCACCAGCACCACCGCCACCUCAUUCUACAGAGCCGGCUCACGCCCACGCACAUCCUGUGCCCCAUGGUCCAGCUCACGGUGGACCUGGUCCAGGUCCUGGACACCCGACUGGUCAUCCUCCGGGUCAUCCCGGGCACCCGCCCGGUCAUCCUGGACACCCUCCAGGUCAUCCCGGACAUGGAAAAUACGACGAAGAAGGUACUGGUGAAUUUGGCGGCCUAGUUUCUUAUUUCAGUAGCCAACGGGAGGACGAUCUCGACUCGUAGCAUGAGUGAGUUCUUGGCCAGCCUUAAAUCUUUUUCUUAUCCAAAAGAUUUAAUUAUUAUUAGCGAACUCAUCAUAACUUUUAUUACGAUUCAACUACAUACUGUCCUCUGACUUCAUAUCGUAUUUGAAUAAUAUUUUAUCUCACCAACGAAUUCAUUUUAAUGCGUGAAAAUUUAUACUGAUUAAUUUUUAUCAUAAAUUACUAAGUGCCAUUGGAUUUAUUAGUAAUUAACAAAUUAAUCAAUCAAUCAGUUAACUAUCGAGACAGUCGAAGAUGAGUUCAAGGUUGGCCAAGUCGACUUAAGUUCAAAAAAAUUUUUUUUCUUUUAAUUAACCAACAAAUUAAUUUUUAUACAUCAGAUUAUUGUCUCUAAAUUUAUUUAAUUUUUUUCUUUUUUACAAACAAAAAUUGUGGGCACUCGCAAUAUCUAUUGACCGAAAUAAUUUAAAAAUUUGGUUGUGCUAUCGGUCAGUUAAAUUUAUAAAUUAAAAUAUAAAAACUAAAGAGUUUAAAAUUUAACUGCUUAAAAUCCUGAUAAUUUUCUAAGCCGGUGUUUUUUUUUAUGUACAUAUUGUAAAUAUAAAUAUAAAAGAAGAAACAAAUAAUAACAAUUAGAUUCUAUAUUACAUGUAUUAUAUAUUAAACAGUCGCGUAAAAACAAAUAAAAAAAAAAUAAAUAAUAAUAAUAAUAAUAAUUAUCUAAGUUAGUGCAAAGGGCACAAAUGUAAUAUUUAAAAAUAUAAUAAAUUUUAAAAAAAUAUAAUUAAUUAAUAAAAUAAAUAAAAAUACGGCAUCUGAAUCUUGAUAUAUAUUAAGACUAAUACCAUUUUAUUUAUAAUUAUAAAGAAAAAAAAUAAAUAAUGAAUUUAUAUAUUAGAAUUAUCUAUUGUAUUUUACAAAUUUUACUUCGUAAUUAAUCUAUAUAAAGAUAAAUUAAUAAAUAAAAUAUAGUUAUAUAUUAUUAUUAUUAUUAUUAUUAUUUGGUCGUUAAUUAAAAAUGAGUCAUACAAAGAGAAUCAUUUGAAAGUUCAAAGCAUUUUUAUAUUCCAUAAAAAAAAAAUAUAAUUAUAUUAAAAAAAUAAAUAAUUAAUAAAUUUAAUUGUGAAUCGUGUGUACAGCGAUGAGAAAAUAAAAAGUAAAUGAUCUCCUAAUUAAGUAAAGAAGAUAAAUAAAAAUAAAUUAGAGAAAAUUAUAAUUUAAGGAAUUAAAUGAUUUGUUCUUUCAAUAAUCCUUGGGUUUGAGGAUAAUGAUGUGCCCUAAUUAGACUCAUUUUGUUGGCGAACCAGCAAACCGAUGAUUGGAAUACACGGAAAUAAAUAUUAUCUAUUUAGUUAUUACUCGUAUACUAUAUAUAUAAAUAUAUAUAUA